AUGUCGCAAGCUUCCUGGUCGGAGAUCAAAGAUAUAUUCACCAAUGCACCAAAAGCCAAAGCCGUCAGGCGACUGCAAAAUGACCUUACAAAGGGUUGGAAUCGCGCUCGGAAAGAGAGGAAAUUCGAGUUAAUCAAGGAUCUCGGAAUACUCGAUGAUAAAGGACGAAUUGAGGAGAUCACCUUGAUUUCAACUUGGACCCAAUCUUUGGUCGGUACGGAUAAGGAGCAAUUGGAAAUGGUACAACGAUGUUUAUCCGAUUCUAAAAUCUGGAUGGAUUUGCGAGGAGCAGAAAGGGAUUGCCUCGAAAUUGUCUACUCCCGUAUGUUAACCAUGUUAGAUUCUGAGCAAGUACCAACUCAAGAAAAGGCGAUGUUCGAAUUCGAUCCCGCUAAGAAGAAAUCCGUAUGCGAUAGCGCAAACAAUACCAACAGCAUUGGAAGACAGAUGAGAUCGACCAUCAACAUCAAUGGUGGAAGGCAAGUGAUGGCACCUUGUCGGAUUUUACUCAAAAGAUAA